GAUUCAUUGUGACUAUAAAGGGCAACUCUAGCCCAGGGAGAAGUCACAGUGAUAUGCUUAGUCCGAGCAGUUUCUUUCUGAGCAACGAUGAGAGUGUGUAUACUGCAUUUGUGGCUGAUCUCGCUCCUAAGAAGCUCCUUCAGUGAAGAAUGUAGCCAGGAGCUAAGGCUGAAUGUGGACUUCCCUGGCAGUGAUGUGCUGCAGAUCUACUCCCCUGAUGUGCUCCACUGCCAGGGGGCUUGCAGCCAACAUCACUCAUGCCAGUUCUUCACCUUUGUCAGGCCUGACUGGACCAGAGACGACAGGCACUUCUACUGUUACCUGAAGCACACAGAAUCUGGGGCCCCGUCUCAAGAGACUGAGCUGGAUGGGGUGACCUCAGGCUAUUCUCUUAAAAACUGCAAAGAGAAGACUGAUACGUGUUUGACAUCUGUCUAUCAGGAUGUGGACUUCUAUGGAGCCGACUACCGCACACUGUUCACUGCAGACUAUAAGGAGUGCCAGAGAGCCUGUACAUCAGAUCCAGGCUGUCAGUUCUUCUCCUGGCUGAAUGAUGACUUCGCCAGACCCCAGUACAAAUUCAAAUGCCACCUGAAGUUCAGCUGGUCAGUUCCAAAACCCCCAGCACUGAAGAUCCUGAGUGGGGUUGUGUCAGGCUUCUCCCAAAAACUCUUCCAGAUCACCACUAAACAGUGUGAGUCGGAGAUCUUCACAAAUACAGAUUUCCCCGGUCAUGACUUUGAGCAGAUUCCUGCUGUGUCUGCUGAGCACUGCCAGUUCCUCUGCUCUGUCCAUCCAAGAUGCACCUACUUCUCUUAUACCACCAGCCGAUAUAUCAUCGGGGAUCAAAAGCAAAAGAUGCUUUGCUUCCUGAAGCAUUCAGAAGACGAGAAGCCUAUGCAGAGAAAAGAAGAGGUGCAUUCUGGGAUGCCAUCACGCUUCUGUGAACCCUCUAGGGACUGGGUGUCAGUUCGUUAUGAGAACACAGAUUUCCCUGGCUUUGACAUCCGCUACGUGAAGCUGGAUGAUCCAGACUCCUGUGAGACUCUAUGCACAGCUGACCCACACUGCCAGUUCUAUACCUAUCUCGAUACAUCUUUCCCUGUGCCUUCGUCCAGGGGGCAGUGUUACAUGAAGCAGGUCAUCACUAUGCCUGUGCCACGUAAAGUGGCGUCCCUGAAAGGGGUGGUGUCUGGCUUUACUCUGAGGGGCUGCAGUGAUCCUAAACCAGACGAGCCUACAAAAGGUAUGACGCCUGAAAGCCCGGUGUAGUCCAUCUCCUGGUGGCUCCUAGAGGCCCUCACCAGUUCCUGGACCUGUACAGACUACUGCUUGAGAUUACUGCUGAGGGAACAUGUGGAUAGUUGUGGUCUGCUUAUAAAGGCUGGUAGUUGAGGUGUUAAAUAAAUAAAUAAAUAAAUAGCCUCCA